GAGAGAUGGCGACGUCCCUGAUCUGCAGCCGUCUGUCGGCUAGCCUGAGAAACUCUGGGGCCAGAAGCACCAUCAGCUCCGCUUCCAAGGUUCUCGGUGGUUCUUCAGGUCUGUUCGGAGGUCAUGUGUCCAAUCUGCAGCAGCAGCAGCAGAGGAACCUCUCCCUGCAUGAGUACAUGAGCAUCGGGUUGCUGAAGGACGCCGGCAUCGCUGUGCCAGACGGCUUGGUGGCCAGCUCCUCUGAUGAGGCCUACUCUGCGGCCAAAAAGAUCGUUGAAAAGACAGAGUCAAAGGAUCUGGUGGUGAAAGCUCAGGUGCUGGCUGGAGGCAGAGGAAAGGGGACAUUUGAGGGCGGACUGAAGGGAGGAGUGAGGAUUGUCUACUCGCCAGAGGAGGCCCGCGACAUUUCGUCCCAGAUGAUUGGUCGAAAGCUGUACACCAAGCAGACCGGGGAGGCGGGUCGUAUCUGCAACCAGGUGUUCAUCUGCGAACGCAGGUACCCACGCAGAGAGUACUACUUCGCCAUCACCUUGGAGAGGUCCUUCCAGGGCCCCGUGUUAAUUGGCAGCUCCCAAGGGGGCGUGAACAUCGAAGAUGUUGCCGCCGAAAAUCCAGACGCCAUUGUGAAGGAGCCCAUUGACAUUGUGGAGGGCAUUAAGAAGGAGCAGGCUGUCAAGGUAGCUCAGAAGAUGGGCUUCCCGCCGGCGCUGGUGGACGAGGCGGCGGAGAACAUGAUGAAACUGUACAAUCUGUUCAUCAAGUACGACGCUUCCAUGGUCGAGAUCAACCCCAUGGUGGAGGACUCAUCUGGAAUAGUGAUGUGCAUGGACGCCAAGAUCAGCUUCGACUCCAACGCAGAGUACCGCCAGAAGAUGGUGUUCGACAUGCAGGACUGGACCCAGGAGGAUCCCCGGGACCGGCAGGCCGCCAAGGCCGACCUCAACUACAUCGGCCUGGAUGGAACCAUCGGUUGUCUGGUUAACGGAGCCGGUCUGGCCAUGGCCACCAUGGACAUCAUCAAGCUCCACGGCGGCACACCGGCCAACUUCCUGGAUGUAGGAGGAGGAGCCACAGCUCAUCAGGUGACCGAGGCCUUCAAACUCAUCACCUCCGACAGGAAGGUUCAGGCCAUCCUGGUCAACAUCUUCGGAGGCAUCAUGAGGUGUGAUGUCAUCGCCCAGGGCAUCAUCAUGGCUGUAAGGGACCUGAACCUUAAGAUCCCCAUCGUAGUGCGGUUACAAGGGACGAGGGUGGACGAUGCCAAAGCUCUGAUCGCUGCCAGUCCACUGAAAAUUCUGGCCUGUGACGACCUGGACGAGGCUGCCAAAAUGGUUGUAAAGCUUUCUGAAAUCGUCUCACUGGCUAAGGAAGCUCAAGUGGACAUCACCUUCCAGCUGCCCAUCUAAGAGAGGAAACCUGGACCUUUGACCCUCCCAUGACUUCCUCACCCAAACACUUCCUCCAUCACACCCGCAGCCGCCCACCACUCCACCCCAACAAACACAGACAGCAAGACGAGCCUCUCACACCUCAGAGGAGAUCAAAGACGCGUAGUUCUCUCUUUCUUACGCUGUGGCAUGAUGGCACGACUCUGUACAGGUGUCCAACAGGUAGACCGCAACAGGUUUCACUUAGAGAGAGAGCAGCCUCCUUUUUAGCAUCUCCACUUCCUGUCUCAACUCCUUUGUUUCCUCAAACCUACAAACUUAAGUUGCACUUCACUCGAUACGCACAAACCUCCACUUUCAUCUCCUUCACACACAAUGAAGCGUUUUUUUCAGUUCUUGUUGGGAAAUGUCCCUUCACCCCUUUUUAGAGAAAUAAAGGCAGAGCAGCUGAAGCCUUUUCAUACGCGAGGAAGCUGCUUUUACUGGUAUUUAGGUUUUUUUUUUUGUUCAGUUAAAAUGAAUAGACUGAUGAUUGUUGUUACAUCAAAUGGGUACAUAAGGUUGACUGAAAAGGCAUCAGGGAAAAUAUUGUAAUCCCACUACUUUCAUUAACACACGUAGUUUUGUAUUAGUGCCUUUUCAGUGUGUUGUCUCAAAGAAGUAAUGUAAGAGAAUAAAAAAACUAAUUUGUUCCCUCUGUGUAGAACAUUGAAGUAUUUCAUCAAACACAUAAAUCAGUGCUGAAAACCCAAAUAAAAAGACUGAGAAUGUCUCAGUCAAAUACAAUGAACAACACCGCAGCAUUGAUUUAAUAAUAGUGCUCAGAGACAGAAAUUGCUUCAGAGAAUGGGCUGUUUUCCUCCUGCAGACGCCUCCACGUUAUUCUGUUACCUCCUAUAGACCGAAGUGUUCAUCAGCCGGUUUUUACUGCGCUAAUGGCACACUGUUUCCUUUUCCCCCCCGAAAAAAUUGGAGUCACAUUGCAGAAACCGUCAAUUAUGCUGUGAAGGUGAUAAGACUGGAAGUGUUAAUGGAAUUCAUUUAUUGAAAUAAGUAGCUGAAUUGCGGCUCAUUUUCAAGCAUCUGGAGAUAUGUUCAAAUCUGUUCACCAAAUAACGUGAUCUCAUUUACCUCUAGUGUUAUCUAUCCAUGCACAUGGUUUUGGACGUCUCCAUCCCAAUAUGAUGGAGGGGAAUGGAAAAAUGACUUCCACAGACGUUUUUUUGCUGAAACUCAUUUUAUGCUAAAAAAAAAAUAUCAGCAGGUUGAGGCAGAAAUCCCACAGCCUGGACAAAUAAAUCCACAACCUAUAUGCAUUGAUAUUUGUGAGAAUUGUAUUUUCUUGCUUUUGGACACAUGAAGUGAAAGUGAUAGAAAAUGUUGUUCUCCUGCUUAUAUGAACACAUUCAGGAGGAACUUUCUCAUUAUGAGCUGAAACAGGUUUUUUUGCUGAUUUGAAAAACAACCGUUGAGGCAGAUCUUAUCAGCUGUAAUUUAAACAAAAUCACCAAAAGACAAAAUGUUACUCCCAGCUCAGUGGCUUCAUCUUUGAAUGUGAGGACAUUUAAAUAAAUUUCAAAGCUAAAACUCAACCGAAGUGAUAAAAUGCUUCCAGCUUAAGUUUUGAGUGUUGGUGGUUCAGCCCCAAACCUCCGAGCAUGAAGUCCUGUGGGAUAAAGAACUGCAGCGUUUACAUCGCUCACACUGUUUACCCUCAGCUUUGAACAGGCCGCAUUCGUCAGUCUGAAAUAUUAGAUGUGAUACCUGUGGACCGGGGGGGGUAUUGAUCACUGCAGAGAUCUGUGGCAAGUAUUGAUAAACGGUCCUUGAGAUUCUGUUCUGCCUCGGCUGUGGUAAAGCUCCCUGUGUGGUCGUGUUGAACAGAGGUGAUACAUCUCACAUUUCUAAAUGAGGCAAAUUAAUUAUUCAGUGUUCUCGUUAUGGAACUGAAACUUUCUCAGAGAAAAGCCCCAAGGGAGGAACUUAUAAAGUUUUCAGUCGAGCGAGCGUUUAAAUCAGCAUACUGUGAUUUCCUGCGUCCACUUUUUUCCCUCAUCAAUAAUGAUUAAAAAAGGACACUAGUCUCCCUUUCUUUCCUGAUUAUCGUGUGCAUCCUCUCGCUGUCGUCGCAAAAUUGGAGAUUUGUUGACCUCGUACUGCUUAAGUGAAGCAUGCGUUAUUAUGUUAGCUAAUGAGGGCGCACUAAACGUCUGAGGAGAGCAGGCGGAUGUUCAUGAGUCGCAUCUGUUUCUCCAUUCGAAAGCUUAAACCAGAUAAGAUUGUUUAACGGCCUCAACGGCAGGUUUAUUGUUAUGUUGGAUGCAGCCAUUGUAAAAGUCCCUGAUUUUAAAAGAACUACUGCAGCAAGAGUUUCUUUGUUUUUUGGGGGGGAUUUUCUCUUUUUUUUUUUUUUCUUUCUUAACGUUACAAGAAAUGCCGGAGACACUGUAGAUGUGUGUUUCUGCGUAUUUAUUUUGUCCUGCUGAAUCCCGUACUUUAAAUAAUUGCAACAGGGACUUCUGUAACGGCUCCCACUGUACGUUCAGUCUGCCAUCAUGCCACGCAGCAGCAGCCAUUUUCCUCUUUCUUUGUUACUGUAUGUAAUGUCAGACUUGUAACCGGCUGUUACCGCUCACAAGAAAGAUAACAUGACUGUAGUGGUUUUCUUCCCCCCCUCCUCCUCCUCCUCCUCUUCCUCCUCCUCCAGCGCUCCGAACACAGAUCAACGUUGUGAGUUGUACGUCAUUUGUUAUAUCUUGUAAAUAACCAAACUGAUGUUCUCUCUCUGUAAACUAUUUAUGCUCCUUUCGAGGGGUACUACAAAGGAAGAAAAAAAUAAAUAAAGAGAACACCAA